AUGACAACAAUUGCAACAACAUCAUCAUGGGAAAAUCUGAUUGAGAAGCGCAUCAACGAUGUUAACUUUAAAUCACGUACUUGUAAAAUCUACAAUCGUCAAGCUGGAGAGUCUGACCAACAUUCGGAUAAAUUAUGUCCUUGUGAUCGUUUAGUUCGUCGUCAUAGUUUCAAGGAGAAAAGUGUACAAGAAAUAGAAAAGCUGAUAAAUCCUGACUGGCAGCCUCCCGAUGAAUAUGAUAUUUCAGCUCAUUCUGCUAAAGUUCCUGUUACUGUAUUUGGAAGACUAAAAUCUAAUGGUUGCAAAUUUCUUCGAAUAGAUACUCGAACAAAAGAAGAAGUCAUCUACGAAUUACUUGUUGAUGAUUGUGGAGGAAAAAAAUUCAAGCCAUCUCUAAUUUUAAGUAUUUAUGGUGGUGCAAAAUACUUUACAAUGACAGAAAAACUUGAGAUAGAAAUUAUACGAGGCAUAAGUGAUGCGACUACUUCAGCCAAUGCUUGGGUUUUGACUGCUGGUAUCAAUAAUGGUGUAUCGAAAUCAGUUGGUGAAGCGAUUUCGCAUUACGGUUUAUUCGGAGACUAUCCGAAAAAAGUGACAUGUAUUGGAUUAACUAUGUGGGGUACGAUGAAUGAAAGCACACGCUUUGAACUUAAGUACUCAACUAAGGACUAUCAAAGGGACUUACUUUAUCGACAGAUUCCUGAUCAUCUUGAAGAAGAUAAAGAAACAAUUGAAAAGAAUCACACACAUUGUAUUCUAUUUGAUAGUGGACAAUUGAAUGAAUAUCUUGAUGAUUCACAUCGUCACAAAUUAGUCACUCACGCCUGCACACAAGAUCAUACAUGUCAUGCUGUAACACUCAUUAUUGAAGGAGGUGUAAAUACUCUCGAGGUUAUUACAAAUGAUAUUGAUGCACAAAGACCAAUUGUACUCAUUCAAGGUAGUGGACGUUUAGCUGACAUGCUUGCUAAACUGAUUGAACAGACUUCUAACUUUGAGCAAAAUCAACUAAGCAAUCCAGAACAACGUCGAAGGGAUGAAGAUAUAUUAGUAGAUUUAGCCAUUGAAUGGAACUAUCUUGAUGGUGUUUUACCUAUUUUACAAUCACGAAAGUAUUUACAAAUGAAGAAGAAACAAGAAUUAAUUACGAAUGAUAUCACAUGUGAAAAAGAACUAUUUAAAAAAUGUUUGGAAAAGAAUCGUCCAGCAUUUAUUCAAUAUUUCCUGAUGUCUGGAUUCGAUCCACUUACUUUAAUAAAUAACAACGGUAUAUCUUCUUAUCAAACAAUCAUUUUAGAUUUCUAUAAAUAUAGUCAUUAUCAUAUGACUAAACGCCAUGCAGACCGCGUAGAAACAUUAUUUGGCGAACCAUCUAAAAUAACAUUGGAAAAACUUGAUGAGAAAUUAAAUAAAUUUGUAGGUGCAUUUAUUAAACCGAUUUAUUCAGCGGCAAAUCAUGAUUGUAUAAGACGUAUUAAAAUUGAUAUGAAACUUCACCUAUGUGCUUACUGUGGAUCUGAAAAACACGAUUUCGAACAACCAGAUGACCAGAUCAAAUCAGUCGACAACCAUAAUAAUCAGGUCGAGAAUAAUGUAUCAAACUAUACUAAAGAUGAAUUUUUACGUGAUCUUUUCUUGUGGUCUAUUUUCAUGGAUAUGCCUGAAAUGGCGAAAAUAUUUCUUGUUCAUCUACCAUCACGUAUUUGUGCUGCUUUGAUAGCUUCAGCUAUAUUUAAACGAUAUUCUAAAGCAUCAACAACUAUUCAUAUGGAAGAAAAAUUCCAAAAUCAAUCACUUGAAUUUGAAGAAAUUGCAGUAAGAUUUAUUGAUAAAUGUUAUGAAUAUAAUGAAAGAUUAGCUUGUGAAUUACUUUUGAGAGAAGUACCGCUUUUUGGAAAUGUUACAUGCAUGCAAGUUGCUAUUUCAAGUGAAUGUGGAAAAUUAGUUGGAACACAUUGUUUUGAUCAAACAGUGAAUCAAGUAUGGUGCAACAAAUUAUCUAUUACAAACCAACAGACAUCUGCAAAACCGUCACUACUAUUUUCAAUAUUAUCCUUUGGUUUAUUAGCACCGAUUUAUAUGAUGCUUUAUCAUCUUGAUAGUCCAUCUACAUUUACAAUUCCUCAUUGGACUGAAAUAUAUGUCAUUGUAACAAUAUUAACAAUGUCUUGUGAAGAAGUUCGAAAAUUAUAUCAUGAAUAUAAAAAACGAAUGAUUGAACGAUGGGGUUCUAUAGGAUCCAGUAUUGUCAUUGAUUUAACAACCAUAGCUGCAUAUGGUGUUGUAUCAAGAGCAUUAAUCUGUUAUAAACAAGUUCCAUUUACUUUUAAUAAAAUAUUGAGAGAAAUGUUUUAUGAACCAUAUUGGUUUAUCUAUGGAGAAUUUUCUGAUAAAGAGUUACUUGAUGAUAAAAUUAAUAAUGAUACAUCAUCAGUUGUAACAGAAGCAACAGCUACACAGUUUUUAUUAGCAUUUCAUAUGUUAUUUAUUAAUAUUCUCAUACUCAAUUUAUUAAUUGCUGUUUUUACUUAUACGAUUGAUAAAGUUCAAGAAAAUACCGAAUUUCAUUGGCGUUAUCAACGUUAUGCAUUUGUUCGAGAAUAUUUCGAACGUCCUCUACUUGCUUAUCCACCAUUAAUUAUUAUUCCACAUAUUAUAAUAGUUUGUCGUGCCCUGCUGCGUAGAUGUUGUCCGAAAUUAUGUCAAAACCGAGUUUUUGGGAAAAAUCAUCAAUCAAAAUCAAGACACAUGACACUUGUUUUCAAAAUGAUACCGACGAAUACAAUCCAGCAGAAUGAUCGAUGGAAUGCAUUUGAAAGUGCUGCAACACGUAAUGAGACUCGGUCAAUAAUAGCACAGAAUAAAACAAAAAAUGUUUUAACAACUGAUGAUAUGUAUUCAAAGAGCACAAUGGAUACUACUGAAUCUGAUGUGAUGAAACCCAGUUCUGAUCAACAACAAAUGAUACAAAAUUUGAAUAUAGAACUAUCCACAAUGAAAUCAGUGCUUAAUAAUAAUCAAAGAAAUAUUAAACAGGUUACUUCUGGACCAUCCUGUAUAACAAAUCCAGUCGAUUAUUUUCAAUUAUUUUGA